CUGUGCUGGCACAGAAGGAGGGAGACUGCAGGGGAAGGAGACACACCUCAGUUUGGAGAGAUAGAGCUACCUGCAAACAGACAGAUCCGGGAGGGAGAGCAACAGACAGCAGCAGUCACUUCUGGGGUGAAAGAGACAGUGCAGGAGUGAGAGUGCAAUAGAUAGUGCACCCAGGGCUGCUGGAUAGUGACAGGCGACCCACUGCAAGUGCACGCAAAGUGUGACCAGAUCAGAAGCUCAGCCUGUGCCAGCUGGAUCCUGUUGGACAAGAUGGCAUCUGCCAAUGACAGUCGCCAGCCUCAGAAAGACGCUGCAGACCAAAAUUUUGAUUACAUGUUCAAGCUCCUGAUCAUUGGAAACAGCAGUGUGGGUAAAACUUCGUUCCUGUUCCGCUAUGCCGACGACUCUUUCACCUCCGCCUUUGUCAGCACCGUGGGAAUAGACUUCAAGGUGAAGACGGUGUAUAGGAAUGAGAAGAGGGUGAAGCUGCAAAUCUGGGACACAGCUGGACAGGAGAGAUACCGCACUAUUACCACUGCCUACUACAGAGGAGCCAUGGGAUUCCUGCUCAUGUAUGACAUCUCAAACAUGGUGUCAUUCAAUGCCGUGCAAGACUGGGCAACCCAAAUCAAAACCUACUCCUGGGACAAUGCACAAGUCCUGUUGGUUGGAAACAAGUGUGACCUGGAAGACGAGAGAGUCAUCUCUGCAGAGGAUGGACGUAGACUGGCUGAAGAAUUAGGAUUUGAGUUUUUUGAAGCAAGCGCGAAAGAGAACAUCAACGUGAAACAAGUGUUUGAGCGUUUAGUGGAUGUCAUCUGUGAGAAGAUGAACGAAAGCCUGGAGAAUGGGCCGUUACCAUCAAGUGGAGCCACUCAACUUAGUGAUGCCGCCCCCAAAGAGCAGAAUAACUGCUCUUGUUAGUCUAGUGUCCAAAAUAAUUCUGUAGAACGCCCAGUUAGGUCAGAGAGAUGUCUCUUGUUAUAUGUAACGCUCAGAAAAUGUACCUGCCCUCAGGGGACAGUUUCCCCCUGGCUGUAUGAGGCCUACAGGGAUGGGGAUGACUACUCCUAUGACACUUCCCAACUGAGAGACAUAUCUCGACAGACGUUGUUACACAGAAAUUCCCAAGCUAAUAGAUUGUUACAGUAAUAUAUAAGGCAUCUCAAAAACAUUGGGAGAAAAGAGAGCGCCGCACACAACCAAUCCAGAAACCGUAGGUAAAGGUCUAUGUGGUCAGCGUACACCACCCUAUGGUAUGAUAGCAUCUCAAGAAGCUUCACACUCAGGUGCUUCCAAGGGCCCAAAUCUGCGUUUCCUUGCCAUUAAGUGCCAAAGAGUAACCCUAUGUGCCCACAGACAUACCGUAUAUUUUUAAGUACUGAGAGAUCCGCAAAGCAUUGCUCUGCAUGGUUUUCCGAUGCUCUGCAUGAACCUUUAUUGUGUGUGGAUGGGACUUUCCAUGAUGGACUGAGGGUGGGAUCACGCUGUGCUCACUGACAUACAGAUUCUUAUGUAUAUAUUCGGGUAUCACAAAUGAAGGUGUUAAAGCUCCAGAUGUUCCAUGGUGUACUAUAAUUACUAGAAAUACGGUAUAUGACAUGUUUACAUUUUUAAUAAAAGGAAGUCGGUGUAUUAGGAG